CGCAUGGUAUAAGAUUUCUUAAGUGUAGUAUCGACCAAUGCCUGGACAUCGUACAAAAGCAGGUGCAGCGGCCUCUGCCGGUCUCGGCAAGGCAUUGAUCAACCGCAAGGUUCGGGAUGCUCAUGCUCCAAAGACGUCCAACCUCUAUGUACUCGACGAGUCGAAUCCCCUCCAGAGUGUGACCGCAGAGCGAGAUCUGGAUGAGUUCCUGGCCAACGCAGUACUGGCGGAUACCGACUUCACCACCGAACGGUCCAAGGCUCGUAUCAUCUCAGGUCCGCAGAAGGAACAGAACCCGUUCCUUCUAUCGGCUGAGGAGCAAAAGAAAGUGACUAGAAAGCAAGCAGACCUCAGGCGUGAUCUUCAUGUCCCUCGUAGACCGCCAUGGACGAAACAGACGAGACCGGAAGAGUUGGAAAGGCAAGAGAGGGAUUCCUUCCUGGACUGGAGACGAGGAAUCGCAGAGCUCGCAGAGACCUCGAAUCUCCUCUUGACUCCCUUUGAGAGAAAUCUUCAGCUAUGGCGUCAAUUGUGGCGAGUCAUGGAGCGGUCGCACCUCUUGGUGCAGAUUGUGGACGCUAGAAAUCCUCUUGGGUUUCGAUGUGUGGAUCUCGAGAAUUACGUGCAGGAGCUGGGCGGUGGAAAGAAGAGUCUUUUGUUGAUCAACAAGUCCGAUUUGCUCACUCCCGAGCAAAGGCUCGCAUGGGCAGAGUAUUUCGACAAGGAAGGCAUCAACUAUGCGUUUUUCUCAGCUGCUGCGGCAUCUCAAAAACGCGAGAUCGAGGAGGAUGAUGAUGAAGGAUCGGCAUCGUCGACAGACUCCGCCGAGGAAGUUGCGGGCCUUGAUGACGACGAAGAGGGAUGGUCAACAGAUGGCGAGGAAGAGCAAGCUGGUCCCUCAACCAGCGUCGAACAAAAGUCGGAGAACGGAGCGGCAUCCACCACCGUCCUCUCGGUGUCAGAGUUGGAGGAUUUAUUCGUGUCUGCUGCACCGCCCGUGCCGGAGAACGAAAAAUUGAUCAUCGGACUGGUCGGUUAUCCCAAUGUCGGAAAAUCCUCGACCAUCAAUGCUCUGCUGGGCGAGAAAAAGACUUCAGUGUCUGCAACCCCCGGAAAGACGAAACACUUCCAGACGCUUCUGUUGACUGAUCGGAUAACCUUGUGUGAUUGUCCAGGAUUAGUAUUCCCACAAUUCGCAAAUACACAGGCAGACAUGGUCGUCGAUGGAGUAUUACCAAUCGAUCAGAUGAGAGAAUACAGCGCUCCUGCCGAAUUGCUAUGUCAAAGGAUACCGCGCGAUAUCCUCGAGGGGACCUAUGGUAUCAGGAUAGAUGUCAGGGAUGAAGAGGAUGGAGGUACAGGGGAAGUCGGCUGGGAGGAGUUUCUCUCCGCCUAUGCCAUCGCCCGUGGGAUGACUCGUUCCUCCUUCGGUAUGCCUGAUACAUCCCGAGCGGCGAGGCAAGUUCUCAAGGAUUAUGUCAAUGCUCGAUUAUUAUAUGCUCAUCCUCCACCUGGCAUGGCCUCAGACGAGUAUAUGGAGUCCAGCCGACAACGGACAAGGCAAACACUGGGGAAGAAGAAACGAGCUCCAGUAACCCACGUCGGCAAGAAUGCAGACACCUUUGUACCACCUGCUGAUGCUCCGGCCCUUCCAACAACGCGUGCAGUCCGAGGAAAUGCCGCUUCCGCACCCGGUCGGACUGGGAAGGAACGGUCGGAUGCACUGGAUGGCGUCUUCUUCAACGAGGGCUCCUAUGGUGUUCUGACAAAGGGCAAGGGCGGUGGAGAUCCAGCAGCGCGACCAAUGAUGUAUGCUCAACAGCGAAUGCUGGGACCGGACGGAAUGCCUCUACCUUUGGAUCAACAGGGUUUCAAGCCGACCGGAAAGGCGGGCAAGAGGCAUUUCAAAGGUCGAGAAGGCAAAAAGCGCAGCGGAAAGGGAUACGACUGAAUUAUAAUGC